GUGAUCCUAAACACAAAUGCUCUCACUGUGGUGCUAUUAUGUGGUAUGGUGAACGCCUAAACAAGCGCAAGAACUCUACGAAUCCGACAUUUGCACUAUGUUGCUUGCAAGGUCAAGUGAAACUACCAUUAUUAAAGGAACCACCAAUUGUUCUCAAGAGGCUGAUGGAAGGAGAUGAUAAAUUGAGUAAGCAUUUCCAGAACAAUAUGAGACCUUACAACAUGGUGUUCUCCUUCACUUCACUUGGAGGGAAAGUAAACAGAUCAGUCCAAAAUGGUUUAGGACCUUCUAUGUUUCAACUGCAAGGGGAAAAUUAUCACCUGAUGGGAAGCUUACAACCUAACGAGGGAAAAGAUGCCAAGUUCGGCCAACUUUAUAUAGUGGACACUGAAAAUGAGGUUAAUAAUAGAGCAAACUGCUUGAGCUUAGGAAAAGGGAAAUUCAAAACUCAGAAGAAAGACAAGCUCAAACCAGAAAUUAUUGACCUUCUGAUCAAGAUGUUAGAUGAGGUCAAUCCUUAUGUAAAGCAGUUCAGAUCAGCUAAAGAUCGUUUCAAGACUGAUCCAGAGGACGCAUUUCAUAUGAGGAUUGUUAGCAAUCGUGAAAAAGAUGGAAGGACAUAUAAUACCCCUUCUGCGUCGGAGGUUGCUGCUCUGAUUCCUGGAGAUUUUAAUCUUGAUAUGGAAAAUAGAGAUAUUGUCCUUGAGCAAAAAACUGGAAAGCUAAAGAGGAUAAGCGAAAUUCAUGCUUCCUAUCUUGCACUUCAGUAUCCUCUAUUGUUUACCUAUGGAGAAGAUGGAUUCAGGUUGGGUAUAACGAAAGGUGUUACAGCAGCAUCGAAAAAGCUUAAGAAGCCUAAUAUCAGCAUGAGACAAUUCUUUGCUUUCCGACUGCAUGAACGUGAUAAUGAAUCACACAGUCUUUUGCAUUCUAGGAGACUUUUUCAGCAAUUCCUGGUCGAUGCAUACACUACUAUCGAGUCUAACCGUCUACGCUAUCUUAAGUUCAAUCAGUCUACUUUGAGAUCAGAUAGUUAUGAUUCAAUAAAAGAAUCAGAGAAUGCUGGAAAGAACGACUUGCAUGACCAAGGACAGGAAUUCACCUUGCCAGCAUCUUUCACCGGGAGUCCUAGAUAUAUGAAAAAUAAUUACUUGGAUGCUAUGACCAUAUGCAAGCAUUUUGGAUUUCCAGAUCUCUUCAUCACUUUUACUUGCAAUCCUAAAUGGCCAGAAAUCACAAGGUAUGUUAAGCGAAGAAACCUAAAGGUUGAGGACAGGCCGGACAUUGUUUGUAGGAUCUUCAAACUUAAACUUGAUUCAUUAAUGGAAGAUCUAACAAAAAAAAACCUUCUUGGCAAGACAGUGGCAUCUAUGUAUACUAUUGAGUUCCAAAAACGUGGCCUACCACAUGCCCAUAUCCUCCUCUUUUUGCAUCCAACAAGCAAGCUUCCCACCACAGAUGAUAUAGACAAGAUGAUAUCUGCAGAAAUUCCUAACAAGGAGGAAGAACCAGAACUCUACGAGGUGAUUAAAGAUACAAUGAUUCAUGGACCAUGUGGAGCUGCUAAUAUGAUCCCAUGCAUGGAAAAUGGAGUGUGCUCAAAGUUAUACCCUAAAUCAUUUUCCGAUCAGACAACCAUUAAUGAAGAAGGUUUUCCGAUUUAUAGGAGAAGGGAGCAGUCUGAUUGUUUUGUCGAGAAGAAUGGGGUCAAAUGUGAUAAUCGAUUUGUCAUUCCUUACAACAAGAGACUGUCUCUUCGUUAUCGAGGUCACAUUAAUGUGGAAUGGUGCAACCAAGCUGGUUCUAUUAAGUACUUAUUUAAGUACAUCAACAAAGGGGCUGUUGAGCCUCCUGCUCAUAUUGUUGAAAGUAUGUUAGCAAAUGAUGAGCCUCCUGCUCCUAUUGUUCAACCAGACGUGGAAGGAAAUGCUGUGGAAGGGAAUGUGAAAGAUGGAAAAGUCGAGAAGAAGAAAAAUGAAAUAAAAGAUUUUUUCGACUGCAGUAAAAUUAAAUAUUGUUUUUCUUCUAGAUAUGUAUCUGCAUGUGAAGGUGCUUGGAGAAUCUUUAAAUUUCCUAUUCACUACCGGUCUGUCUCAGUUGAGAAGCUUAGUUUCCAUCUUCCCGGAAAACAGAAAAUUAUCUUCAAGGGAAAAGAUAAAAUGAAAGUUGUUGUCAGUCGCAAGCUCAUUGAGAAUACUAUGUUCUUAGCAUGGUUUGAGCUUAAUAAAGUUGAUGAACUUGCUAGAACUCUUACAUAUGCCCAGAUACCAAACUUCUUUACCUAUGACAAGAAGAAGAAGAAGUGGAACAGGAGAAAAAGAGGUUUCAGUAUAGGAAGGAUUAACUAUGCUCCGCGGAUCCAGGAAGAUGCUUAUUUUUUGCGUAUGUUGCUUAACAUUGUUAAAGGUCCUACAAGUUAUGAUGACUUGAAAACUUAUGAAGGAGUUCUUUAUCCUGGAUACAAGGAAGCAUGUUCUGCUCGAGGGUUAUUGGACGAUGAUAAGGAGUACAUUGAAGAUAUUUUAAGCAGAAGUCAGUAUUGCUCAGGAAGUGAACUGCGACAGAUAUUUGUAAUUAUGCUGAUAAAUAACAGUUUAUCCAGUCCAGAAGUUGUGUGGGAGAAAACAUGGGAGCAUCUUUCAGAAGAUAUAGAGUAUAACAGAAGGAAAUAUUUCAAUCGACCAGGACUAUUGUUAACUGAUGAGGACAAAAAGAAAUUUGCUCUCCAAGAGAUUGACAGUCUUUUGAGGCGUUGUGGGACUACUCUAGCCAGAUUUACUUCUAUGCCGAAGCUGCAAAAGACGAGUCGACAUGAUUCAAAUGUGUUGAUACUAGAUGAGCGCAACUAUUCACGUGAAGAAUUAUCUCAGACUCUUGAAAGAGACAUUCAGAAGAUGACUGCUGAGCAAAAAAAAAUAUAUGAUGAGAUCCUGACUGCUGUGAAUGAAGAGAAAGGUGGAAUGUUUUUUGUUUAUGGAUUUGGUGGAACUGGAAAAACAUUUCUAUGGAAAUUACUUUCUGCAGCUGUUAGAAGUCGAGGAGAUAUAGUUUUGAACGUUGCAUCAAGUGGAAUUGCGUCAUUGUUGCUGCAAGGAGGUAGGACUGCCCAUUCAAGAUUUGGAAUUCCACUAAAUCCUGAUGAGUUUUCGUCAUGUACAAUGUCUCAUGGAACGGACCAGGCAAAUUUAGUUAAAGAGUCUUCACUCAUCAUAUGGGAUGAAGCACCAAUGAUGAGCAAGUAUUGUUUUGAAGCUUUGGAUCGGAGUUUGUCUGAUAUUAUUGGAAAGGACAGGAAUAAUCCAUUUGGUGGGAAGGUCGUGGUAUUUGGAGGUGAUUUUAGGCAGGUUCUCCCUGUGAUAAAUGGAGCUGGUAGAGCUGAAAUUGUAUUGGCAGCACUGAAUUCAUCAUACCUUUGGGAACACUGCAGAGUUUUACAAUUAACAAAGAACAUGCGAUUGUUAUCGGAUUCUUUAGUACCAGAGGAGGCAGCAGAUCUUAAAGAUUUUUCAGAAUGGAUAUUGAAUAUUGGCGAUGGGAAGAUUAAUGAACCAAACGAUGGGGAAGCAGAGAUUGAAAUUCCUUCUGAAUUCUUAAUUCUAGACUCGGCUGAACCUAUUGAAGCAAUCAGCAAAGCUGUCUAUGGUGAUAUUCAGUCAUUACAGAUGAAUAAAGAUCCCAAGUUUUUUCAACAAAGAGCAAUCUUGUGCCCAACAAACGAAGAUGUCAAUAUGAUAAAUGAGUAUAUGUUGGAUCAGCUUGAAGGUGAAGAAAAAAUUUAUCUAAGUGCAGACAGUAUUGAUCCUUCCGAUAAAAGCUCGGUCAAUAACGAAGCCUUGGGGGCUGAUUUUCUUAAUACUAUUAAGGUUUCUGGUUUGCCAAACCAUAGUCUGCGACUCAAGAUCGGUUGUCCUAUUAUGGUUUUACGAAACAUUCAACCUACUGCAGGGUUAAUGAAUGGAACUAGACUUCAGGUUACCGAACUUAUGGAUUUCAUGAUUGGCGCUAGAAUAAUAACUGGAGAAAAGGUUGGGGAAAUUGUUUACAUUCCGAGGUUGUUGAUUCAACCAUCAGAUACCAGGUUACCUUUUAAGAUGCGCAGAAGACAAUUGCCUUUGGCUGUGGCCUUUGCAAUGACAAUAAAUAAAAGUCAAGGGCAAUCACUCUCUGAAGUUGGUCUGUUUCUACCAAGACCUGUGUUUUCACAUGGACAGCUAUAUGUGGCAAUUUCCAGGGUCACAUCAAAGAAAGGAUUGAAAAUUUUGAUAGUAGACAAAGAAGGUAAGCCUCAGCGGAAGACAAUGAAUGUUGUCUUCAAAGAAGUUUUCAACAAUCUAUAAUUCAGGGGACCGUGACCAGGUUAAUAAUUUUGCUUUUAUCCACUAAAUUUUUUAUAUUUUUGGAAAUUACAUUUUCUAAUAUUUUGUAGGUAUUCAAGCUAUUUUGCUGGCUAGCGUGACAUCUGAAGGCAAUAUUUACAUCAAACUUUGAACGUGGAUUUGAAUUUCAUAUUCUCGAAUCUAUCUGUUUACUUUCCUUUCAGUUGUUUUGAAACUAUGUUUUGCUUCUUAUAUACUAUUGGAAGAUAUUUACUUUGAUGCUAAGAGUUUGUGGCAUAGUUUUUCUAAGGAAACACACUCAAUCAAGAAUGACAUCGUAAAAGACCACAUUUCAAUCAACAUUCAUCAAAUAAACUCAUGUUGUUCUCCUAACUACCAGAUUCAGUU